AGGGAAAAUAUCAGAAGAGAGAAAACAAAAGAAGAAAAACCUGAGGGAAUAUAUGGUAUCGCAUUUGAUAUCAAGAAAAGCGUCUGGGUUUCAAUUCAUUAUUAUUCAGAACAAGAGUAUUUAGUUACUUUGUUCGCUGCUAUGCGUUCACUCUGAUAUGUUUCAACGUCUUGGCGCUCACCGCCACAUAUACCGCUCUCAAAUCUCCAAGUACGUUAAAACAGGACUCAUCGACAAAGCCAUUCAAGUGUUCAGCGAACUGACCCAAUCAAAAUGCCGCGUCUUGAGCUUGGAUUACAAUCGCUUCAUCGGUGUUUUGGUUCGCGAAUCGCGCUUCGAUUUGGCUGAAUAUUAUUAUUGUAAGAUGAAUCUCCAAGGUUUUUCUUUGACGCCAUUCACUUACUCGAGGUUUAUUUCUGGUUUGUGUAAAGUUAAGAACUUUAGUCUCAUAGAGAAGCUUCUUCAAGAUAUGGAUACUCUGGGUUGUGUCCCUGACAUUUGGGCUUUUAACAUUUAUUUGAAUCUUUUAUGUCAUGAGAAUAGGUUAGACAUGGCUCUACAGGUCUUCUCUAGCAUGUCUGAUAAAGGAAGAGAACCUGAUGUUGUAUCAUAUACCAUAAUUAUUCACGCAUUAUGUAAAUCCGAGCGCCUCGAUGAAGCCACACAAAUGUGGGAUAAUAUGAUUGAAAAGGGGUUAUCCCCGGAUUGUAAGGUUAGCACGGCGCUUGUUAUUGGGUUGUAUAGUGGUAGAAAGGUUAAUUUGGCAUAUGAACUUACAGUAAGUGUUAUUAAGGGUGGAGUUGAUGUUAAUAAUUUGAUUUAUAAUGCUUUGAUAAGUGGAUUCUGUCGGAUGGGUAGGAUUGAUAAAGCACUAACUAUCAAAUCGUUCAUGAGGAGAAAUGGGUGUGAGCCGGAUUUGGUUACGUACAACAUAUUGUUGGAUUAUUGUUGCAAUGAGCUUAUGCUGGAGGAGGCAGUGAGGUUGAUGGAGAAGAUGGAGAGAAGUGGGAUGGAACUAGAUGUAUAUAGCUAUAAUGAAUUGCUGAAGGGUCUCUGCAAAGCUCAUAAGCUGGAGAAGGCCUAUGUAAUGAUGGUGAAGACAAUGGAAAGGAAAGGGCUGUGUGAUGUUGUUUCAUAUAAUACCAUUAUUAGAGCUUUUUGUAAGGCUCGUCAGAUCAGAAAGGCUUACAAGUUGUUUGAGGAAAUGAAUGGGAAGGGAAUUCAACCUGAUGUGGUGACAUUCACAAUCCUUAUAAAAGCUUUUUUGGAAGAAGGUAACUCUGAUAUUGCCAAGGAACUUCUUGAUCAAAUGACAAGUAUGAAUCUGCUUCCUGAUCGUAUAUUCUAUACAACAAUUGUUGAUUACCUUUGCAAGUCUGGGAAGAUUGAUAUGGCUUGCAGUGUCUUCAGUGAUAUGGUGGAGAAUGGAAUAAGUCCUGAUGUGAUCUCAUAUAAUGCCCUCAUAAACGGACUCUGUAAAGCCUCUAAAAUAACAGAUGCCAUGCAUUUAUAUAAUGAAAUGCAGAUGAAAAAACUCUGUCCUGAUGAGGUGACUUUCAAGUUGAUCAUUGCAGGUUUAUUAAAGGAAAACAAGCUUUCUGUUGCUUGUAGGGUUUGGGACCAAAUGAUGGAGAAGGGUUUUACACUUGAUAGAGUCCUUUCUGAGAGUCUAAUCAAUGCCAUCCAAUCAAGUGAUGCUACAUGAGGAAUGCAGUGGUUUGUAUUCUGUGAACCUCCGAAAGACAUAACAACUAUAUAUACUCUUUCUGCAAUGAGAGCAAUAAAUCUUUGCCAAAUCAUUCUGCUCCUCACAGUGCAAUGGCAUGUGCUGUCGCUGGAUUCUGUGCUCACUUGUGCUUUUGCACUAGCAUUAGUUUGGACUUUGGAGCUACUCAUUCAACAGGCAUUUCUCCUCGGUGUGACCAAUAUCUAGUUCCUUCUACCACAACGUUUACCCUGGAUGAAGCAAGUUUGUUUAG